AUGGGGUUUGUGCGAAUCAUGGGACCUGCAUUUUGCCAUUUGGUUUUAUUGACUAUGUUCAUACUGGUGGCAAGUCCUGUCCAAGCAGCUGAUCCAGACCCCCUCCAGGAUUUCUGUAUCGCAGAUCUUAGUCAGAAGUCGUUUCUUAAUGGCUACCCGUGCAAGGAUCCCACAACAGCCAAGGCAGAAGACUUCAUCUUCAAGGGCUUGAAAGAUGCCAGCAUCAUAUCAGAUGAAAAUCCCUGGGGCGCAGCGGCAACUCUCGCCUUCGCCCGUCAUUGGCCCGCUUUGAACACGCUCGGAGUCGCGUUGGUGCGCCUUGAUUUGAUACCAGGUGGUGUCAUUGCGCCACACACUCACAACCUGGCCACUGAGAUUGUGUUCGUCACAGCGGGAGAGCUGUACAUCGGAUUCGUGGCCAACAGUGACGACGUCAGCGCUCCGAACAAGCUGUUCGCUGGGAUGGUGAAGGCCGGAGAGGCGUUCGUUAUCCCCAGAGGCCUGGUGCAUUUCCAGAUGAACAAAGGAACGAUCAAUGCUUCGACAAUCAACUUUCUGAACUCUCACAAUCCAGGAAUCUCAUUUCUCCCUCUCACUCUGUUUGGAGCCCAGCCAGCUGUGGAUCCCGCUCUGCUGGCGAGGUCUUUCGCAGUCGAUCAAACCUCACUAACUGAUCUGGCGGUUUUCUGGUCGGCAUUCAGCAAUGUGUUUGUGUAA